GAAGCUAAGAAUCUUCCUACAUAUCCAGGGCCAAACAAAAUGCGGGAUUGUUAUUGUACAGUAAACUUGGACCAGGAAGAAGUUUUCAGGACCAAAAUAGUGGAGAAAUCACUAUGCCCUUUCUAUGGAGAAGACUUUUACUGUGAAAUUCCACGGAGUUUUCGACAUCUGUCAUUUUACAUUUUCGAUAGAGAUGUCUUCCGCAGGGAUUCAAUCAUUGGAAAAGUAGCAAUAUUGAAGGAAGAUUUGCAGAAAUAUCAUAAUCGAGACACUUGGUUUCAACUGCAACAUGUUGAUGCUGAUUCAGAAGUACAGGGAAAGGUCCAUCUAGAAUUGAGGCUAAGUGAAGUCAUAACAGAUACCGGUGUGAUUUGCCAUAAACUUGCUACACGAGUUCUAGAAUGCCAGGGACUCCCAAUUGUGAAUGGCCAGUGUGAUCCUUAUGCAACAAUUACACUAGCAGGACCAUACAGAUCUGAAGUCAAAAAGACUAAAGUUAAAAAGAAGACAAACAAUCCACAAUUUGAUGAAGUAUUUUAUUUUGAGAUUACUAGGCCAAGCAGCUAUAGCAAGAAAUCUCACUUUGAAAUUGAAGAUGCUGAUGAAGUUGACAAGAUGGAAAUCAGAGUUGAUCUUUGGAAUGCAAGCAACUUGAAGUUUGGAGAUGAAUUUCUGGGAGAGUUGAGGUUGCCACUCAAAUUUCUUCGACAGUCCAGCUGUUAUGAAGCAUGGUAUUUCCUGCAGCCCAGAGUUAAUGGCAACAAAACAUUGAAACCUGAUGACCUAGGUUCUUUGCGGUUAAAUGUGGUUUACACAGAAGACCAUGUCUUUCUUCCAGAGCAUUACAACCCCCUUAGAGACCUCUUAUUAAAAUCUGCAGAUGUUGAGCCUGUUUCAGCAUCAACUGCCCAUAUACUGGGUGAAGUCUGCAGAGAAAAACAAGAGGCAGCCAUACCUCUGGUUCGACUCUUCCUCCACUAUGGCAAAAUUGUGCCUUUCAUUAGUGCAAUUGCAAAUGCAGAAAUAAAAAGAACCCAAGAUCCAAACACCAUUUUUAGAGGAAACUCAUUAACCUCCAAGUGCAUUGAUGAAACCAUGAAACUAGCAGGGAAGCAUUAUCUUCAAGUCACACUGAAGCCUAUUAUUGAUGAGAUCUGCCAGCUCCAUAAACCUUGUGAAAUUGAUCCUGUGAAGUUGAAAGAUGCUGAAAAUUUGGAAAAUAAUAGGGAAAAUCUUAGGCAGUACGUAGAUCGGAUUUUCACAGUUAUUACAAAAUCUGGGGUCAGUUGUCCUACAGUGAUGUGUGAUAUCUUUUUUUCAUUGAGGGAAUCAGCAGCUGUACGUUUCCAAGAUGACCCAGAUGUGAGGUACACAGCAGUAAGCAGCUUUAUUUUUUUGAGAUUCUUUGCUCCUGCAAUUCUUUCUCCAAACCUUUUUCAUCUUACACCACAUCACCCAGAUCCACAAACUUCAAGAACUUUGACGCUGAUCUCUAAAACCAUACAAACCUUGGGAAGUUUAUCAAAGUCUAAGUCUGCCAGUUUCAAGGAAUCAUAUAUGGCUAUAUUUUAUGACUACUUUAAUGAGCAAAAAUAUGCAGAUGCAGUAAAAAAUUUCUUGGAUUUGAUUUCAUCCUCUGGAAGGAGAGAUCACAAAAUUAUAGAACAACCAAUACUACUUAAAGAAGGAUUUAUGAUCAAAAGGGCACAAGGCAGAAAAAGAUUUGGCAUGAAGAACUUCAAGAAGAGAUGGUUUCGGCUCAGUAAUCAUGAAUUUACCUAUCAGAAAAACAAAGGUGAUCAUCCAUUAUGCAGCAUUCCAAUUGAAAACAUUCUGGCAGUAGAAAAGUUGGAAGAAGAAUCUUUCAAAAUGAAAAAUAUGUUCCAAGUGAUUCAGCCUGAAAGAGUGCUCUACAUUCAGGCCAAUAAUUGUGUUGAGGCCAAGGACUGGAUUGAUAUCCUCACCAAAGUUAGCCAGUGUAACAAGAAACGACUCACUGUCUACCAUCCUUCUGCAUAUCUUAAUGGGCACUGGCUGUGCUGCAAAGCUAUAGCAGAUAAUGCUCCUGGUUGUACUCCUUGCACUGGGGGUCUACCAGCAAAUAUACAAUUAGACAUCGAUGGAGAUAGAGAAACAGAACGCAUCUACUCCCUGUUCAAUCUGUAUAUGACCAAACUGGAGAAAAUGCAAGAGGCUUGUGGCAGCAAAUCAGUGUAUGAUGGGCCAGAACAAGAAGAAUAUUCAACUUUUGUCAUUGAUGAUCCUCAAGAGACUUAUAAGACACUAAAACAUAUUAUAGCAAAUGUUAAAAACUUAGAACAGGAACAUGCCCAGUAUAAGAGGGAUAAGUUCAAGAAGACAAAAUACGGAAGCCAGGAACACCCCAUUGGUGACAAGAGCUUCCAAAGUUACAUAAGGCAACAGUCAGAAAUCUCAGCUCAUUCCAUUUGAAGUCUGAAGAAAGUUAUUAGAUGGUGUAGCUGAAGGACUGAAGAAAGAGAAAAGCCACCUGUAGCAAGAU